UACGACGGAACAUUUCCUGCGUAUGUUGCUGUAGUUGUAAUGGCGGAGCUGAAAGAGGCAGACGCUGCUCAGCUACACCAGGAGGACGUCGAUAUCAAACGUGGAGAUGGUGCAGAUUCCCCUUCGGCUGGUGACCCGGCUGCAGAACAGGCGGCGAAGGACGAAGCUGCUGCAGACAGCGAUGCCAAACCCUCGACCACGACUAUUGAGAGACACGUCUCCAUCCAGACUAAACUGGAGGGCCUCGAGAUGCUCGUUGACCUCAAUGGUGCGGGACGCAAGUCGUGUCCCCUGUGUCCCGAGGAGAAGUUCAAAGCGUGCUACAGCCACAAGCUCCGCCGACACCUGCAGAACCUCCACUGGAAAGUCUACGUGGAGUUUGAAGGCCAGAGGAUGUGCAUCUGCCACCUGCCCUGCAGAAACCUGAAGCCCAGCCUCAGUGGAGACCAGGCAUCGGGCAGACACGUGGCUCACUACCACUGCGUCGUGUGUUCUGUCACCAUCGCCCGUAAGACGGACAUGAUCAGCCACCUGAAACGACACGUCAACAAAGGAGAGACUGAAGCCAGCUACUCCGGCAGCUCCGACGUCACAUUUGAGGAGCCGGCUCCGUCUGGUCAGGCGUAUGAAAUCAUGAAAGAGCUCGGAACCAACGUCCAGCUCCUCCCGAACCACACCACCCCGCAGAAGAGCGACACCUACUUCAACCGCAAGAUGAAGACCAACAGGCAGCUGGUGUUCUGCUCGCUGGCUGUUCUGGCCGAGGAGAGGAACCCGCUCGAGUGUCUGGAUGCUUUUGGAGCUACAGGGAUUAUGGGCCUCCAGUGGGCGAAGCACCUUCGCAACGCCGUCAAAGUCACCAUCACCGACAUCAGCGACACGUGCGUCAAGAUGAUCAAAGAGAACUGCGAGCUCAACCACAUCCGGGUGGACGGCGGCUCGCGAGUCCCCCGGGGGCCCGACGCCGUGGCCGGCAGUGAAGUGAAGGGAGCGCCCAUCGCUACGGUGGAGGUCGCCAAGAUGGACGCCAACGUCAUCAUGCACCUGCGGCCCUUCGAUUACAUUCACUUGGACCCGUACGGGACGGCGGUGAACUACCUGGACGCUGCCUUCAGGAACGUCCGGAACCUGGGCAUCAUCUCUGUGACGUCCACAGACACGGGCUCGCUGUACUCCAAGUCUCCCAACGUCACCCUGCGUCACUACGGCUGUAACAUCGUACGCACCGAGUACUACAAAGAGCUGGCUGCGCGCAUGGUGGUCGCCACUGUGGCCAGAGCGGCGGCGCGCUGUAACAAAGGCAUCGAGGUGCUGCUGGCGGUGGCGUUGGAGCAUUUCGUCCUGGUGGUGGUGAGAGUCCUCAGAGGUCCCACGCAGGCGGAUGAGUCGGCGAAGAAGUUACGCAAACUGGUCCACUGUCAGUGGUGUGAGGAGAGAGUCUUCCUCAAACAAGGAAACAUGGUGGACGGUGAGUCUGAAUGUCUCCGCUGCUGCUGCUGUCGUUCAUGUUGAUGAACGGGAAGCAAACCAGAUGAGAUGUGUGGCCCGCUGUUUAACACGGGCUUCCUGAGGAGGAUGCUGUCGGCGGCGGUGCAGCACAGUAUGGACGACAUCCAGCCGCUCGUCAAAACUCUCAUUUGCGAGUCCGACUGCACCACGCUCAAGUCUUUAGUCCACGGACCGUCCGCUCUCACCAACCAGGUGGAGUGUGGAGUCGUUAUUAAGAUGUUACAGAGCGGAGAGGAGUCGGGCCCCGCUGAUCAGUCCGGGAAAAGGAAGACGGGAGACGAGUCGGGGAACGUAGUGAAGAAGCUGAAGUCUGACGUGUCCCUGGAGCAUCCGCCCUUCUACUACAGCAUCCACAGACACAGCAUCAGAGGCAUGAACAUGCCCAAGUUGAAUAAGUUCCUUCAGUACCUGACGGAGGCCGGCUUCAGGGUGAGCCGGACUCACUUCGACCCGACGGGGGUCCGAACCGACGCCACGCUGGAGCAGUUUAAAUCGGUCCUCACCAAGUACAGCGUCCCCACGUACACCAACGCUAACGCCGCCGCCGCCGCUCAGACGAGUGUGAGCACGGAGAAGACGGUGUGAGACAAACACUCCUCCGUCAGUUCCUGCUGUUCUGACUGCACUGAUGUCUCAAACGCAGCUCGCCGCUUUUACUAAAACAAAAGUAAUCAAACCAAACCUCGUGUGGAUUUUUAUUAAAUGUGCAAACUGAACUGAUCUGAGCCCAGUUGAUCCACUGUAUUUAUUUCAGAUUUCCUUUUUCUAGCUGGUUUACUGUCUAUUUUUGUUUCUCUUCUCUUAUAAAAACAUAAUAAAAUUCUUCUGAAAGUCUGAA